CCCUUUCCGCUCGUGUCGGCAGCGUGUGCGAUCCCCGACCGUCUCGCGUUCAGCAUCCGAGCAGAGUGUUACCAGUACUGCUGCUCAUUGUCUUCCUGUGCAGGGUGUUGUGUGCAGGCCAGGCGGAAGGAGGAAGGUGGGAGAAAGAAAGAAGGGCAGAGAGGGGAGCACACUGGCUUUGCUGUGGAGGAAGCCUGCAGGCUACAGCUACACUUCUGCCUUUCACCUGUGGUCAUCUCAGCCUGCAGGAAAGCAGGAAAUGACCACAGGGCAUCCAUCUCAGGAGCCUGUGAGCUUUGUGGAGGUGGCGGUGUAUUUCAGCAGGGAGGAGUGGGUGCUGCUGGACCCUGCACAGUGAGCGCUUUACCGGGAUGUUAUGCUGGAGACUGUGUGGCCUCGCUGGCUCCACUUCCUGUCCCCAAUCCUGUGGUGAUCACCCUGCUUGAAGGAGAUGAAGACCUCUGGAUCUCUGAUGUGUGCAGCCCAAAGGAGAUGACUGGAGAGCUCAGCACAGGAGAUAGGAUCACAACUAUAAAGGAGGAUGUGCAGAAAAGUGGUGUGUCCAGAAGGCACAGUGGCUGUGUCUCAGUGGGAGAAAGCAGAAUGGAUGUGCAAGGGGGCCUGGAGCAAGGAGAGCCACUGGGAAACCAUCUGGGAAAGACAGCAAAGAACCCCUUGGACUUAAGCACCGCUCAAAAGCAGCAUGAAGAGGUGAGGAGCAAGGAAGUGUGCCAGAAGAGAAGGCAGAACCCAUGUGAUGAGUGUGGGAAAAGCUGUGAAAGGUGUUCUGUUGGCUUUAAACACCAGUGCAUUCAUUCAAAGGAGACACUGUACAAGUGCCCUGAUUGUGCAAAGUGCUUCAAAUGGAGAUCCACCCUCACCUACCACCAACGCGUGCACACAGGAGAGAGACCAUUUAAGUGUCCUCAGUGUGGGAAGAGCUUCAAAAACAAUUUUGGCCUCAUCCGCCACCAGCGCAUCCACACAGGAGAGAGACCAUACAGCUGUCCUCAGUGCCCACAGAGCUUUAGAAGCAGUUCCCACCUCAACCGCCACCAGCGCAUCCACACAGGAGAGAGACCCUACAAGUGCCUGGAGUGUGAGAAGAGCUUCAGAAGCAAUUCUGACCUCACCUACCACCAGCGCAUCCACACAGGAGAGAGACCCUACAAGUGCCAUGAGUGUGGGAAGAGCUUCAAAAGCAAUUCUGAACUUGUCCACCACCAGCGCAUCCACACAGGAGAGAGACCCUACAAGUGCACUGAGUGUGGGAAGGGUUUCAAAAGCAAUUCUGACCUUAUCCGCCACCAGCUUGUCCACACAGGAGAGAGACCCUACAAGUGCCCUGAGUGUGAGAAGAGCUUCAGGAGCAUUUCUGCCCUCAUCUGCCACCAGCACGUCCACCCAGGAGAGAGACCCUACAAAUGCCAUGAGUGUGGGAAGAGCUUCAAAAGCGAUUCUGAACUCGUCCACCACCAGCACAUCCACACAGGAGAGAGACCCUACAAAUGCCCUGAGUGUGGGAAGACCUUCAAAAGAAAUUCCCAUCUCACCUACCACCAGCGCACCCACACAGGAGAGAGACCCUACAAGUGCAACGAGUGUGGAAAGGGCUUCACAAGCAGUUCUGAUCUCAUUGUCCACCACCGCAUCCACACAGGAGAGAGACCAUUUAAGUGCCCUGAGUGUGAGAAGAGCUUCAAAAGAAGUUCUGACCUCAUUUACCACCAGCACAUCCACACAGGAGAGACACCCUAUAAGUGCCCUGAGUGUGGGAAGGGCUUUAGAAGAAGUUCUAACCUCAGCUCCCACAAGCGCAUUCACAGGGAAGACCAACUGUAGUGGUGCCUGGAGUUUGUGAGAACCUCCAAAAGAAUUUCCUGCCUCAUGAGCUACCCGCAUAUUCACCCAGAAGACAGAGCCCCACAGUGCCCCGAGUGUGGGCAGAGCUUCAUCCAGAGCCUAAGCUUCAUUGCUAUCCAAAGAAAAUCUCUCACCGUGCGUAGUUUUCUCUUCUGCUCUUCCUGCAAGCAACUUUUUGAACCUGUUUCUUAAGGAAAAGCAGCUGUGCAGGGAUGUGCUGUGUGUCUGUGUGCUAUGUGUUCCUCUCAGUCAUUUCUGAGUCCGUUGAUGAAGCAGAUAUAAGGGUCAGGAGAACAAUAAUGCCACUCUUGGAGAUUUACUGAAAAUCGCAUGCAGGGUAACGGGGAGGGGGAGAAUAAAGUAGUUGAGUUGUCCCUGA